GGCUUUGGGCUAAGUUAUCAUUUGGAAAAUGGCAUAAAUACCCUUUUCCUUACCCUCUUUUCUCUUUUCCCCAAAAUCUCGCCUUUUCUUCUUCACUCCAUGGGUACUGCAAGAUCGUUUCGGAGCUCCGAUUUUAUUAUAUGGAUCUUCGUCGUCGCAUGCUCAAUUUUUCACCCCAUCGUCUCCGCCAAUCAACGCUCUUUAGUUCUUGGUCAAUUUACUUCAUUGCAAGUAUCUCCUAGCUUGGCUGUGGAAGACUCUCCUGGUUUAAAGCCGGGCACUAAAGUUGUUUGUGAAAGAGUAGAUAUCCGUGGAUUGUCGAGGCUUCAUAAUUUGAAGAAGUUUGCUCACUCAGUGAAAGUGAAAGUUUUGCAAAAUAGUACAAGCUUUCGGCGGCCCAACUUAGAGGUUUGCUUCCAUAGAAACGCAUCCCUUGGAGUUGGGAUGUGCCCUCAUGGGCGAUGGGAGAAAGUUUCUAAGGGUUCAUGGUUUAAAUCGAUGUCACCUUUUGAUUAUAAAAUCUUAGAUAUAAGGAUGGCCCGGUCAUCUUCAGAAACAAUUGAGGUGGCUAUUGAAGAAGAAUUCUUUCUGUAUCGAAUUAUAUUUUUGAUUUUGGGCAUCAUUCUAUUGAGUAUUGCUUCAACUCUGAGCAAGUCAUUGGUAUUUUACUAUGGGAGUGCUAUGGCUGUUGGUGUCAUCCUUGUUAUAUUGGUAGUCCUUUUUCAGGGAAUGAAGCUUCUCCCAACUGGCAGAAAGAGUUCACUUGCUAUAUUUAUUUAUUCAUCUCUUGUUGGCUUGGGAUCUUUUCUCCUUCAGUACUUGCCAGGGUUGUUGCAAUCAUUACUUGCAGGGAUCGGAAUUGAUGAAGACAUGUACAAUCCUUUGGCAAUCUUUCUUCUGGCUUUUGUUAUUCUAGCUGGAGCAUGGUUGGGAUUCUGGGUUGUCCACAAAUUUGUCCUUGCCGAAGAUGGAUCAAUUGAUAUAAGCACAGCUAAUUUUGUUGCUUGGUCGAUUCGCAUUUUGGCUGUCAUAAUGAUUCUUCAGAGCUCUCUGGAUCCCCUAUUGGCUGCUGAAGCAUUAAUAUCUGGAAUAAUCGUUUCAUCAGUCUUAAGGAAAGUCACUAGAUUGAGAUUCUUGCGUCGUGUGUUCAAGAAGUUGUUCAAAUUAGUCAAAAACCGCUGUAGGCCUGCUGAGGUUCCAUUACGAGAUUCUUAUGAAGAAUAUACAUAUAAGAGGCCCAAAGACUUUAAGUUUGUCCAGCAUCGGUCCAGAGGCUUCUCUUUGGCUCCGUCCAAUUCUCCUAAGCAAGCAUUCACUUCAGGAAUAACCAGGACGUCACCUAGACAGCUGUCAGAUUCAGAGAUUUACCCUUCUGCCUUCCAUGCAACUCCCGAAAGAAGAAAAUUCUCAAAAGAAGAUUGGGGAAAAUUCACUAAAGAUUCAACAGAUAAAGCUGUUAAAGAACUUAUUUCAUCGCCCGACUUCACUAAAUGGGUUGCUGCUAAUGCAGAAAGAAUUACUGUUACUCCUAGAAAAAUCUCCUCUAAUUCUUCUGGUCAGCGUCGUAAGUGGUUCCGUUUAUUUUAAGCACCGAGGGUUCCUGUUAUAAUAAAAAAAUGCUCUAUCAAAUUUAAAGGAAGUCCACCAUGAGCUGCUAAAUAAGGGUUGGCACAAUGUGAAAGUUCUGAGAGUGACAGGUUGUUCUGGCAUAUGAAAAGAGCUAAGGUGCUUUGACUUAAGCUGAUAAACUUGAGGAAAUGUAUGUGCUUUAUGCAUACAUUUAGGGGACUAACCAUAGAGAGAAUUUGUGUAGAAUAUUUUAGUUGUUGAACUUUUAGUUGUAUCUGCACGGUGGGUAGUAGUAGAGGAAAUUUGAGACCUAGUAAUAGACAUUGUACUAGUCACACUGUACACCAUGUUGUCGAUGAUUACUUUCAAAGCAAAAUGUUGGGGAUGACAUAUUUAUCCCAGCAUAGAUGCAGAUAAAUGAGCUUGAACUUUUUAUUCUCUAGGAAACUAGUUUCAAUAUUACUUUUUUGGGGUAAAACAUUACACAAUUCACAGAAGUGCCAUUUCAUUAGCCUUUCCUUUCUGAUGUAAUUUACCAUCUAUUUUUUGAUGAAGUUAAUUGCUUUGGGAAA